AUGCGCAUGGACGAGUUUUAUACUCGCGUGUAUGAUAUGGUGUGUGAAAUACCAUAUGGACGAGUUUGUACAUACAGCCAAAUUGCCAAGGCCGUUGAAGCUCCAACAUAUUCUCGACAUGUGGGACAGGCUCUCAAAUUCUUGCAUCCUGAAUCCCACGUCCCAUGGCACCGUGUUGUCAACAGCCGUGGGUGUAUUUCCAAACGCGAUGUAUCUAGUGGUGAGCAAAGACAGAAAGAUCGUCUUGAAGAAGAAGGAGUUGAAGUCUGGCAAACAAGUAUUGGUGAAUACAAGAUUAGCUUAAAAGACUCUCUUUGGCAACCAACUGCACCUUUUCCAGUUUUGGAUUAUUCCUCGUCUUCUCCAUCAUAG